UACAGGAAGCAGUGGUGACAGCUGCAGAGGUUGUUUAUGUCCUGGAGAUCAGUGCUGCUGCUUCCAUAUCUGUGAAAUCAGACACAGGAAGGGGAAACGUCGAAUGGCUGGUUUAUCGGAGGACAUACAUCAGCUGACGGGGCUGUUCCUGUAAAGACAGGGCCAUUACAUUUUUACAGUCUCAGUCCACGCUAUCAACAAAGUUGAAAUGGCCGUGGCUAAAAACAAUAUGGAAGACCUAAAUCCUGUACUAAGAAUUAGUCAACUGGAUGCCAUUGAGUUGAACAAGGCACUGGAGCAAUUGAUCUGGACUCAGUUUAACAGCUGUUUUCAGGGCUUCAAACCAGGACUUUUGAGUCGCUUUGAACCAGAGAUUAAAGCUUUUCUGUGGCUGUUUUUGUGGAGAUACACAGUCUACUCCAAGAAUGCCACCAUUGGCCAGGCGAUCCUGAACAUUCAUUACAAAAAUGACUUGUCUCAGACUCCGAAGUACCGGCCACUUAAUAAACAGCAGAAAGUAUGGUUCGCACUGUUAUCUGUGGGAGGCAAAUGGUUGGAGGAGAGGUCCUAUGACUUAUUCAGUAAUAACCCCUUUGGGUCUUCGUUUCAAAGGAUGAAGCAUUUGAUAAAUGUCUCUUCUGGGCUCAUCAAGGUUUUUGGGCUCCUGAAUUUCUUAAUUUUUCUACAGCAAGGAAAAUGUGCCACACUGACCGAACGAUUGCUAGGAAUCCGGUCUGUUUUCAACAGACCCCAAGACGUGCGGCAGGUUGGCUUUGAUUACAUGAACAGGGAGAUUUUGUGGCACGGAUUUGCAGAAUUUUUUAUUUUUCUCCUUCCCCUUAUCAAUACUCAAAAGCUAAAAAUGAAGCUGUUCUCUUGGUUCAAGCCGGUCAAAGGGCUGCGCCUUACCGACCCAUCACUAGCUAUCGUCUGCAAGGAGUGCUGCCUGUGUGGCGAAUGGCCCACCAUGCCUCAUACCAUCGGCUGCACUCACGUCUUUUGCUACUACUGCAUUAAAAGUAAUUACAUGGCCGACAUGUAUUUCACAUGUCCCAAGUGUAGUAUCCAAGUGCACAGCCUGCAGCCGCUGGAAUUCAAGAUUGAAAUUUCGGAGAUUCACACUUUGUAAGACGAUACAUGGAUGUCUAUUUAACCUCGCCAGAAAUGAAGAAUAAGUCUCUAAACCCAUAUCCUAACAGAUCUUCAUUAAUAGAAUGGAAGGGCGGACUGCCUAGUGACCAAGAGCCAUCAAACUGUGCCGCCUUUCUCAUCAGGCAUCUAAGGACCCACACCCAACUGAGGGAACGAGAGAAUUAUUUAUAGGGUUAACUAAAUUUGUUUAGCGACCCCCCCCUUAUAAUAUUCAUUGUACUGUGUUUAAAGGGGUUUUCUGCCUGCUGUCA